AUGGUGACAUCCUUUUUGGUGAUUGUUCAUUGUGCGCUUGUUCAAAAUUCAAUUUCAUUCUUUGGUUUAACCGAUGAUUUCGAAUUGGAUCGGCAACUUCCAACUGUUACAUGUCAACAAUGUAUUCAACCAUGGCAUAUGCUAGCUAAAGAUUCUCAUUCUAUUUGUGGACCGCAUUCACUUACCUGUACUGGCAAUGUUUGCUUUAUGAGACAGUGUAAAAAUUGUCCGGUAUAUCAAUAUAUGGCUGGUUGUUUAACAUUAACCGAUUGGCAACUUACCGAUUUAACAUUUUCACGACAACGUGCCGAAUUGCUUGCGACACGUGUAGGAGCUACGCUUCUUUGCGAAGAUUCCGUGAAUCAGACGACCUGUAUUUGCAAUCGUAAAAAGAAAUGCAAUGAUAUUCAUGCAAGAGCGCCAUUUUCAACGUAUAGUGCACCACUUUUUGGUGGUAUCAUAAAUUUUGAUGCGGUAAUUACGAAAAUAAAUCCAUACUACAAUGAUCUGAUUCGAUCAAAGGAAACAUUGGGGCAUCAUUAUAUAGCCGAUAUGGCUAUCCGUACUAUGUCCAUUCAACAAGCAUUCAUUUUAAAUUGCUCAGCGUUUCUUCUUUCAUUAUUCCUUUCCUUAUACAAUGGAUAUUUUGAUACCUAA